AUGGGCCCCCAGUUCGAAACGCCUCAACUUAAGGAGUGGUUGGAAGACCAUGGCAUAUCUCAUUGCUUUGCUUCAGUUGGCCGACCACAAGCUAACGACCAGGUAGAGGCAUACAACAAGUUGAUCUCCAAUGGUAUCAAGCGCAAACUUGAAAAGGCAGGCGGCCUAUGGGCUGAUGAGUUGGUCAAUAUAUUGUGGUCUAUACGAACAACGGUCAAGAGCUCCACAGGGGAAACCCCAUUCUUUUUGGUGUACAACGCUGAGGCUGUUCUCCCAAUUGAGAUGUAUGAGCCCACUCUUAGGGUGAUGCUAUAUGAUGAAGCGACCAAUUGGAAAGCCAUGAAGACUGCCCUAGACUUCCUUCCAGAAGCUAGGGGCAAUGCGGCGCUUAGGCAUGAAAUUUAUCGCCUAAGGAUGACAAGGGCAUACAAUCGCCGAGUGUCAAAGCGUCCGCUGAAAAUGGUAGAUCUGGUCCUAAGGAAAAUGGAGGCUGUGGGUCGGGAAAAUGAGGAUGAAGCUGACCCCAAACUGGGAAAGGCCGUAUCGAAUCAGUGA